AUGAAGCUGCGAAAGGAUGUUUAUGAGAUUGGAAAAAGAAAAGGUAAAGGUCAAGAAAUUUCAAUAAGCAAUGUUUUUAAGAAGCAGAACACUGGAUUCUUAGGAAACAACAAUGGUCAGAGGCAAAUCCCUCGCUGCAACAUAUGCCACAAAUUGGGCCAUGUAGCCAGGGAAUGUCGAGCAGGAACCGAUCAGUGCUAUCGGUGUGGUAAGACGGGUCAUAUGAUUAAGAAUUACCCGAAUUUGGAAAGGAAGAACGAAAACACUAAUAACCGGGGGCCAGUGCAAAGGAACAAUUCUCAGAACUAUGGUUAUGGUAGGAAUGCAAGUAAUAUUGCCAACAGAAACCUCCACCUCCAUUCGUUUAUAUCUACUGCAUUUUCUAGAAGCUUGAAUGCAAAACCAUGCUCUGAAUUCUCUGCCAUGUGUGUCACCAUCCCUAAUGGUGAAUCCAUCUUGUAUGUCAUGUAUAGUAAUUGUCCUAUUCUUAUAGGAGGAUGUGAAUUUCAAGUAGACCUCGUUCGAUUUGAAUUAACCGACUUUGAUGUGAUAUUGGGAAUGAAUUGGUUGUCGAAGUACAAAACGAACAUAAAUUGCCUUAACCAUGAAAUAACCCUCAUGAAGCCAGAUGGGUGUAAGGUUUCUUAUCGAAGAAGAAAAGUCCAACCCAUACCUGAAAUCAUCUCAUCCUUGAAAGCCUUCAAGUUACUUUCAAAGGGUCAUUGUGGAUACCUAUGCAGUGUGGUAGACCUAACCAAACCUGAACCCUCAUUAUCCGAUAUUCCCAUAGUUUGUGAGUACCCUGAUGUAUUUCAGAAAGAGAUAUCUGGCAUGCCACCAGAAAGAGAGAUAGAUUUCAGCAUUGACCUCGUUCCUGGAUCUGCUCCUAUCUCCAAGGCACCUUAUCGAAUGGCACCUGCUGAGUUACAAGAACUGAAAAACAACUAG